AUGACAGACAGAAGGCGGAUCAACGGUCCCGUUGGCGGCACCUUGCCCCCAGUUUUUGCUGGCGACGAGACCACAGUCCUGUCGGAAAAGGCGACAAGCAGAACCAGGCCCGUCAACACAGCCCGGCCAAUAUUCCUCAAAACUGGCGUCACUCCUUCAGCAUCUGCCUACCUUGAGGUCCAAACAUCGGCUAAGCCUGGGGUUUCUGGCCUCAAACUGAGCUGUACGGUCCAUGGACCAAGAGCACUACCAAGAUCAAUGCCCUUCUCACCGCACAUCAUUCUCACUACUCAUGUCAAGUACGCUCCAUUCGCAACGAAGCAAAGACGGGGUUAUCUGAGAGACUCAACGGAGCGGGACCUCAGUAUUCAUCUCGAAACGGCACUACGAGGAGCCAUCAUCGCAGACCGCUGGCCCAAGAGCGGCGUCGACAUCAUCAUCUCGGUGAUCGAGGGCGACCAGGACCGGAGCCUCAGCAUUGGCGACCACGAUGAGGCUUGGGACACGAUGAACGUCUUGGCCGGAUGCAUCACGGUCGCAUCAGCAGCCCUGGCUGACGCCGGAAUCGAUUGCGUUGAUACCGUUGCGGGGGGUGUGGCGGCUCUGGUGGGCGGCGGUGAGAGCAAGGAUUCAAAACCGGAGGUUGUGGUCGACCCGCUGGCCUCCCAACACGACAAAGUUUUCGCAGCAUGCUGUGUUGCGUAUUUGCCAGAACGAGAUGAGAUUACAAAUCUAUGGUUCAAGGGGGAUUUGCCUGCAGCAGAUACCACACUCUACACAGGAAUGGUCGAAAAAGGCAUUCUCGCCUCUCAAAGCGCUAACCGUGUCCUGGUCAGCUGUCUGAAAGACGCCGCAGCUCAGAAUAGCUGA